AUGGACGAAGACGCAAUUAUCAGUGAUGAUAAUUUAGAUAGUAAUAAAGAACAGUUAGAAUCAUCCUACAUAAAAACGCAAUUAAGCAAAUAUAUGAUCAGGUUGGAACAAGAUUUUCCUGUUUCUAUUGAAAACUUUAGCAAACCAACCUCAGAUGAUGCAAAUGCCUGGCUGUUAUAUAUUGAAAAUAUAAGAGAAAAAGUACCCCAAAUGUUAUUGAAAAGCUUUGAUAUUGGAUGUGGUAUUGGUAAAGGACAAUUUGGCCGUGUUUACAUUGCAAGAGAAAAUGAACGGCUAUAUAGUAGCCUUGAAAAGAUUCAGGACAAUCUAAGACAACCAAAUAUUCUUCAACUUUGUUUUAAUCCUGAAUAUACAGCUAAAGGAAAACUUUAUAAACAACUUUUAAAAUCAGCUCAUGAAGAAACUGGUCAAAAUGAAAGAUAUAAACGAAUAGCAAAUGUUGAGUUCACACUUCCUGAUUAUUUGUCAUUUGAGGCUUGUGACUUGAUUAGCUUG